ACAAUCCCGGAAGUGCUCCUUCACCGUAGAGGUGGUGGCGUCUGCACAAGAGAACUUCCGGGUCAAGCUGCGGCUCCGGCCGGAAGAAGCUCGGCGCGGCUCUGGUUGGUCUCCACUCACAACUUUUAAUCUUGAAGACUUCAAAAUAUACUUGGACCUACAACUUUUUUGGGAAACUCCAGUACCAAGCAGUAAAUUACCCACUGUACUCUUGUUAUAGUAUAGAAGCUUUUGAGUUCUCCAAAUCUAAACAAGAUUUCCUCCCGUUUUUCCAUGAAGCCAUAUUGUUUUUUAUUCACUUUAGCGGUGAAUGUUAUUAUGCCAGCUGCUUUUGUUUUGGAAGAUGUAGGCUUCAAGCAAAUAGACCCACUGGGAGCAAAUCAUAGUUCCUUCAAUGUAUCAUUUCCCCCAAGCUCUGAACUCUCAGCAGGCUCCCACUCAGGUGAUGGUGUCAUCAUAGCCAAAGAGGGAGCUAGUGUUUCAAUCGAGUGUCUUCUCACUGUCGACCACUAUGAAGAUGUCAGUUGGUACAACUCAAAAGGACAGCAGCUGGAUGACAGAGGCAGAGCAGGUGGAAAAUGGUUGGUUUCCAAUAACUUCCUGAAUAUCACCAACGUAGCCUUUGAUGACCGUGGGCUCUAUACAUGUAUCGUCAAGUCGCCAAUCCGCGCCUCCUACUCUGUCACUCUGCGCGUUAUCUUCACCUCGGGAGACAUGAGUAUCUACUACAUGGUUGUCUGCCUCAUUGCCUUUACAAUCACUCUCAUUUUGAAUGUCACACGGCUGUGCAUGAUGAGCAGCCAUCUUCGUAAGACCGAGAAGGCUAUCAAUGAAUUCUUCAGAACUGAAGGGGCUGAGAAGCUUCAGAAGGCCUUUGAGAUUGCAAAACGCAUCCCCAUCAUCACCUCGGCCAAGACUCUGGAACUCGCCAAGGUCACACAAUUUAAGACCAUGGAGUUUGCUCGUUACAUUGAAGAACUGGCAAGAAGUGUCCCUCUUCCACCCCUGAUCCUAAACUGCAGGGCCUUCGUUGAGGAGAUGUUUGAGGCUGUGCGAAUGGAUGACCCCGAUGACAUGGGAGAAAGAAUUAAAGAGAGACCUGCCUUGAAUGCUCAAGGUGGCAUCUAUGUCAUUAACCCAGAGAUGGGGCGGAGUGAUUCCCCGGGCGGAGAUUCGGAUGAUGCUUCUCUGAAUGAACAAGGCCAGGAGAUAGCAGUUCAAGUUUCUGUCCACCUUCAGUCAGAGACCAAAAGCAUUGGUACAGAUUCUCAAGACAGCAGUCAUUUCAGCCCGCCUGACGAUAUGGGAUCUACCGAGCUGAACUCGAACUACAAAGAUGCGGCAUGUGAAAACUGCCAGCUGUGAGGUACCCCAGUACCUACAGAAACAGGUCUCGGAAAAGGAACCUGUGUCAUGCAGGAAAGAACAUUUUUACCAAAAGAUGACUGGGGUUUUCCCCUUGUUAAUAUUAAGCACAUCAGAACAUGGAUUAUUGCCAAAAUCUGUGAAAAUGGAGCAUUUUUUCCUAUCUGAUAUUUCUCAGCCAUUUUCCUCAAGCUUGAUUAGAUGAUACACAUUAAGAUUUAAAGGCUCCUGACAGAUAAACAUAAUGGAGAAAGUAGAGGACUGAGAGCUCCAUGGCUUCUCAUUCUGAUCAUGGUUUUAUCAUGGGUGAGGGAUGACACUUAUCUUGAGGACUCAGUUUUCCCACCAACAAGAUGGAGGGAUUUAUACUAAAUGAUAUCUAAAGUUGUUUCUAGCCCUAUAACGUCUUACUUGUCACUUCUAAACCGCCAAGAUCUUCAGCACAUCACUAAAUAAGCCCUUCCCUAGACUUUUAGUCCAUUUUUAUGGAGAGGACCAAGCUGAGACUUUAUCCCGUUUUUAGAUUUCUGCAUCAAUGCCAUAGUGCGUGAAAGUGUGGGUAUUUUUUGGACAUUUUACUUUGUGGUAUGUGCUAGGUUGAAUCUUUUCUGUGUAGUCCAUGUCUGUAUUGUUAUACAGAUAUCAGGGAGCCAACUGCUCGUUAGUAAACCCCUUUCCAUGAGUACACUGGUCCUUUGAGGGAUAUAUCAUGUCUUUUUAACUUACUGAGGCGUCAUUUAGUUCAUUGAGCCGGCAGUGAUUUCUCAACUAAUCUCCAUAAGUGAGUAGUUUGUUCCUAAGGAAUAAUGUCUUCAGUGCUUUUAGAAUAAGAUAUAAUGUCAAAUCAACUGUCUCUGGUAAAACAUAGAUUUUGACAUUUCUGUUAAUAGAAUUUCUCAGGCUUUCUCUUCUUAAAAGUACUGGACUCUACAAGAGGGUUCUGUAUUUGGGAUCCCAUUCCUGGGAGAAACCCAAAGCUGGAUUCCUCUUUAGACCUCUGUCAACCCUCUUGCCCUCUGUGGUCUUAAAUAUGGUGCUAAAAAUUGCAUGACUCCUUAUCUUGUUUGUUUUGUUUAUAUUGUUAAGGUUUUUAUUUUUGUGUACUUCAGAUAUAGAAUUCUGAUCUAGGGCUGGUUUUGUGGCCUUUCUGAGAAGCACUAACCUGAAAUAAGAUGAGAUAAUUCUGUGUGGUAUGUUACUGUAUUAAAUAUAUGAAAUAGACAGAUUUACUAUAUUAACUAUUAGAUAGAUACAUAGAUAUAUACACAUACAUACAAAUGAUCUAGAUGUAAAGAGGGAGAAAAAUUACGGAUGGUGCCACCUGAUUGAACUGUGUAUAAUAAACACUUAAGACAGUAUUUCUUGCCUGGCUGAGAUCUGAUAUAAUGGAAUUGUAAAUACUCUUCAGAAUAAUUUCUUCAGCUAUAGGAAGCUUGGUGUCAUAUAAUUUUAAGAACUUGGCAGUGGAGCUCCAUUUGCUACUUCAUGUUUCUUCACUUGGCUUCUGAUUAUUGAAGCAUUACUUGGACUGGCGGGUCCAAAGGGAAAUGUUCAGAGGGAGUUUUCUCAGGAUUUUAAUUUAAGGUUUCAGAUGAGGGCGGUAGGAAAUUCAGAGUGUGACCAGCUGGAACUCUUGCCUCCCUUUGUCCAGGCUAAUCAGAAAUAACGUAUCUGCUCUGGAUCGCAUAAAUGAGUCAAUAUGCAGUUUUAUCAGAUGGCAUUAUGGAUAAAGAUGAUAAUGAUCCCUUUUCUGUCUCUCAGGCUGUUUCUAUGGAAACCUCCAAAGCCAAACAAAAGCUUCCAAUCGUUUAGCCAAAGCUUGCCUUGGCUCAUAGACCUGUAUUUCUUUAAGGAAAACCGUUUUCAUACAUUGGGUUAUGAGAGCAAGGGCUCUUGAACAUACCCUAGAUCACAGAACACUUUUUCCUUUCCCAGAAUGUUUCUCUUGGAAAAUUAAAACUUUUAAAAAUCCAUUGUCUGAGGCCUGUCCCCUGAACAUUCCUCAGAACUUCAGAUAGUACCUCCAACCCUGUCCCAAAAUAGCAUCUUUGGGGUCAUUUCUUAGAAUGUAGCUUGUCACAUUAAAGAGAAUGGAUUUACCCGUACAUGUUCUCAUAAUGACCAUGAGUGUUUUGGACCCCUAAGGUAGACAUAUUUAAUGAUCAAAGUCAUGGGAAAUAGGACUUUGGAAAAAUAUAGGAAAUAUUGAAAAAAAACAAAAACUAAGUUUACACAAUGCUAUAUAAUAACUAUAGGCUACUCUAUCCUAGAUAAAUUAUUUUAGAAGCAUGAUGGUGACUUAAUUUGGUGGCCAACGUAACUGGAUUACUUUGACUAUUCCAGGUUAUGGUGCCAUUGAUAAGGAAUUAAAGUAGACCAAAUUUAAUCAGAAUUGGUAUUACUUUCUAAAGCUAAUUUUCAAGAAGAAAAUUGCUCUUGCUGAUAUUUUCUGUAUUUAAUCAAAUACUCUUCAUAUAUAAUUAAUAGUCGCAUGUUAUCUUUUUGUAAAAAUCUUUAACCUUUUAAACUACCAUGUUUCCCCAAAAUUAAGACCUACUUGGAAAAUAAGCCCUAGCGUAAUUUUUCAGGAUGACAUCUCCUGAACAUAAGCCCUUAUGCGUCUUUUGGAGCAAACCUUAAUAUAAAAGACCCGGUCUUAUUUUGGGGGAAACACGGUAUCGUCUAAAAGUCUUUCGAUAAUAACUGUGGUGUAAUCAUCCUUUUGUCUCAUUGGUUUUUAUAGUUAGUGAAAAUGCCUUUACUCAACAAAAUGUAUUUGAAAUAGUUAUCUCAUUUAUAAAUUUUGUCUUGUAUUUAAUGAGCCUUAUUGUUUUUAGGAAAUAGUGGCUUUGUGAAAUAAAUUUACUAAAAAUAGACAUGUAAACAUUUUUAUAGAUACCAGCUAAAACCAGACAGAGAGACAUCUUUUGAGCUGAUACCCACCAACUUAGGGUUUAGAAGCAGUUUGAUAAGUCUGUCCUGAAAGCUGCAUCUGUUAUGAUAGUUUAAUUCUUGAGUCAGGCCCAGUGAGCAUUUGUAUUUCCAACCAACUACCUGAUGUAUAAAGAUGUGGGGAGUUGCUGACCUGGACUGGUUGUGAGAAGGCUCCUGGCUUCUUUGCCCCACUUAACAUGUAUUUGAAAGUCAAAGCUUUUCCUUUGGUCCUCCAGCCUACGUGAAGCCCUUGGUACAGUCCUCUGCACACCCUGCGUAGUCUCACCAUAGGUCAAUCGUUGUCUCCUGUGUCCGCGAGCGGCAUGGGAGACGCCAUGCUGGUUUUCCAGAGUCCAGCCGGUCAUGGGUGCUAGCCUUGUCUCCACACACCGGCAGUUGGAACACAAGUAUGUCACAUUCCGUGCGUCACCAGGAAGAGCACAACCUGUUCUCAUCAUCUAGGCCAGUAAUGUUGAGAAUGCUCACCCUUGUCCAUAAACUCCUAGGUUCUCAGCACAUUUCAUGAAAGGAAAUGAGUAUUAUUUGGUAUGGUUCAGAUGAUGUUUAAAUGGUCACCAUGUCAAUGAAUACUUACAUUAUAAUUUUGUCCUUUAUUAAAGUCAUCCUUGAAUGUAAUGUAUUAAACGUUCAAUGGAGUAUA